GUCCAUUCCUUCUCACCGCUUAGUUGUGCUUGCCAGGUUGCCCCAGGAACAAAGUCAAUCUAUAACAAGAAAUGAAAGCCCCAAUGAGUUACCUAUGUGAACUGGGAUAUUUACCAUCCAACAUACCACUGGUCUUCUUUUCCAUCCGCUCUGUUUUGCGACAUAUUGAAAAAAUCUGCAGGUCCAGCGAAAUUGGUUGCGAAGCGGAAAAAUUGGCAAUCCUUUACAAUUUGCAUAAGGGCCUUUUCACACAAGUAAAAUUCCGCUCCAAUCACUAUGCUCAUAUUCUUUCCAAGAAUAUGGGUUUCGUGAAACCAUCUGCUUCCAUCAAGAACAACUAAACGAACAAGACAAUGUAUUAGUUAUGCAGACGUGCAUAUACCGUAACACUCGGGGGGUGCUUCAAAGGUCCAUUCCUUCUCACCGCUUAGUUGCGCUUGCCAGGUUGCACCAGGAACAUGAUCAAUCUAUAAUUAAACGUUUCGGGUUUGUCGUCCUGCUGGACGAAUCCCAAAUUUUGACGGAACUUCCGUGUAUUCUUCGAAGUCAACCUCUUGCACCGUAUGCAAGAAUUCCCACCAACUGUUCCAGGUGUGCUGAUGUUACUGAAGUGAUGCAACUAAGAAAUGUGUCGCAGAAUGAUUUUUUGACCAAAUACGCGUUCACUAUGCAACCGAUCGUGGUGAAAGAUGCGCAAUCUAAUUGGACAGCGGGCGAAAGUUUCAGCUACGAAUAUUUUCAAAGUAUUUAUUCUCCUGGUUCUCAGAUUCUGGAAGAAGUAGCUAGAAGAUGUUUAUUCUUCCCGUAUGAAACUGGAUUGGCUAACCUGGCUGAAUUUUUCAACAUGUCAAAGAAUCAAGUUGAAGGCAAGGAAGGUCGAUGGUACGUCGGAUGGAUUAAUUGUGAGGGAAAAUCCGCCAAUCAGUUGAGGAAGCAUUACCAACGACCUUAUUUCUUAUCCCCUGAGUUGGACCACAGUAAACUUGAUUGGGUGUUUAUGGGAAUGCCUGGACGUGGAGCUUCUUUGCACGUUGAUUUCGUACAGUCGUCGAUUUGGCAAGCACAGCUUCGUGGCCAUAAGAAGUGGACAUUGGAAUCACCACCGGAGUGUUUCGGUACAUGCGUACGACGACUUGAGGUGACAGUUGAUCCAGGAGAUAUAAUUGUUCUUGAUGGAAACAGUUGGUUCCAUCAAACCGAAAUCGUUGGAGAGGAUAACAGCAUCGUUAUCGGCUCGGAAUACUAUUGAGAGUCAAGCAUGCGGCUGAUAUUAAAAGAAAAUUAACCCCCGCCGUGUUUAUCAUGCAACGUUUUAAUCAUUCCAUACUGAAGGCAAUUGUUCAAACGUUAUGUAUAUUUUUUGCAGUAGAUUGUUGAACGUUUAUAAUAUUUCAACCAUGUGUAUGUUUAUGCCAGAGUCCGUAUAUAAACAUGUUUAAACCAGAGUCCGACUCUGGUUUAAACAUGUGUUUAAACAUGUUUAUAUACGGACUCUGAUUUAUGCCAAUACGAAUUCAGGAUAUGAGUUCCAAA